UGAUCGACCCGCCCGAUCUUCCGACCACAUCCGUGUCAAAACCAAGGCCACAUUUUUUCCCUUGCUUACUGACGUGCUACACUCACCUUCUUACGACUGAUAAGCCCGUCCGUUCCAUCCGGCCCCCUCCCGUCCCCCUUUCUUUUCGACAGAGAAGCAGCUCUUAUGCGAUAGUUCGACUGGUUUUCGCGCUUUUUCUUUGUCUGGUUCUCGUUCAUCCGGUUAGGCGCAAUGGCGGCGUCCUCCUCCGCUCCGCUACGCGCCGGUCUCGAUGGCCCAUCCGCAGGACGAUCACCCGCCCACAUGGCCACCACCACGGUAAAUGUCGAUGGAAUGACAUGCGGCGCAUGUACCUCCGCCGUGGAGGGUGCCUUCAAGGGCGUCGACGGGGCUGGAGACGUGUCCGUGAGUUUGAUGAUGGGCAGGGCUGUUGUACACCACGACCCGACCUUACUUCCAGCGGGAAAAGUCGCCGAGAUAAUCGAGGAUAGUGGUUUCGAUGCGACAAUCCUUUCGACGGACAGCACCUCAGUACCGACCGCAAAUGAGAAGGAUAUUCAGAGUAAUAAGUCACAGAUUUCCACCACCACGCUGGCGAUUGAGGGAAUGACAUGUGGCGCUUGCACCUCGGCGGUGGAGGGAGGAUUGAAGGAGAUAUCCGGAGUCCGGUCAAUUAAUGUCUCCUUGCUCUCGGAGCGAGCGGUUGUGGAACACGAUGCUGCCGCUGUGACACCGGAUCAAAUUGCAGAAGCCAUAGAGGAUCGCGGCUUCGGUGCGAAGGUGCUGGAAACCUCGACGCUCCAGGCUGGUCCUCGCGCCUCUCAGGAUCUUGCAGAACCAAAGUCACAUUUGAUGGUCACUACCAUUUCGAUUGAUGGAAUGACCUGUGGGGCCUGCACGGCAAGUGUACAGAACGCCGUCGAAGGCGUUGAUGGCCUGGUUCAAUUUAACAUCAGUCUGCUUGCCGAACGCGCCGUUAUUACCCACGACCCUGCGAUUCUUCCCCCUAAGAAACUUGUCGACUUGAUAGAAGAUGGCGGUUUCGAUGCAACCGUACUUUCUUCCGAAGCCCAAGUACCCGUCUCGGGCGCCGCAAGUAGAGUCACGCUCAGCAUUCAUGGGCUGCGCGAUGCGUCCUCGGCGAAUGCGUUAGAAAAUACCCUUCUCCAAAGACCUGGAAUCACCUCAGCAUCGGUUGACAUGGGUACCUCGCUAGUUCACAUUGCCUACGUUUCUUCUGUCCUUGGGAUUCGCACCGUCGUGGAGACCAUUGAGGCGGAGGGAUACAAUGCCUUGCUGGCUGACUCCGAUGAUACCAAUGCGCAACUGGAGUCACUUUCCAAGACCAAAGAGGUUCAGGAAUGGAAGCGAGCAUUCUUGUUCUCGGUGUCUUUUGCGGUUCCCGUGUUUAUCAUCAACAUGAUGCUACCCAUGUACUUGCCGUCUCUCGACUUUGGCAAUGUUCAAUUGCUUCCUGGGAUCUAUCUUGGGGAUGUCGCCUGUCUUUUGCUCACCAUUCCAGUACAAUUCGGUAUCGGGAAGCGCUUUUACGUUACGAGCUUCAAGUCAUUGAAGCAUCGCUCCCCAACCAUGGAUGUGUUGGUCAUGUUGGGCACAUCGGCGGCGUUCUUUUACAGCGUUUUCACGAUGGUUGUCGCCAUGUGCUCUUCAGCCCAUAAACGGCCGAGCACUGUCUUUGACACCAGCACAAUGCUCAUUACCUUCAUCACGCUUGGGCGAUGGCUGGAAAAUAGGGCCAAGGGCCAGACGUCAACCGCAUUGUCGCGGUUGAUGUCGCUAACUCCGUCUAUGACCACCAUCUACGACGACCCGAUUGCUGCAGAAAAGAUGGCCGAAGAAUGGGAAACUUCUCCAGUCGGCUCAAAGGAACCUAGGACGUCGACUUCCGGCGAAAGGUCCGGUCCCGUCAUCAAGGCUAUCUCGACGGAGCUUAUCGAAGUAGGCGACGUCGUUGUUCUUCACCCCGGCGACAAAGUUUCCGCGGAUGGUUUUGUUAUCCGAGGAGAAAGCUAUGUCGACGAAAGUAUGAUCACUGGCGAGCCUUUGCCAAUUCAUAAGACAAAGGGCAGUCUUGUCAUUGCGGGAACUGUCAAUGGAACUAGCUCGAUCGACUUCAAAGUGACGCGGGCGGGUAAAGACACGCAGUUAAGUCAGAUCGUCAAACUAGUUCAGGAUGCGCAAACUAGCAGAGCUCCAAUCCAGCGCAUGGCUGAUACCGUGGCCGGACAUUUUGUCCCUGCGAUUAUUAGUCUCGGUCUGAUUACCUUCUUUGGCUGGAUGCUCAUGAGCCACUUGCUACCUCACCCCCCUAAGAUCUUCAUGUCCGAGCAGAGUGGUGGCAAGGUUAUGGUUUGUUUGAAGCUUUGCAUCUCCGUCAUUGUCUUUGCCUGCCCGUGUGCUUUGGGCCUCAGCACCCCGACAGCAGUCAUGGUCGGCACAGGCGUUGGGGCUCAGCAAGGCAUUCUCGUCAAGGGCGGCGCUGUUCUGGAAGGCGCCACGAAGAUCAACCAUGUCGUCUUUGACAAGACGGGAACCCUGACCACCGGAAAGAUGAGCGUGGCUGAUGCAAGGAUUGAGCCCCACUGGACGACAAAUGAUUGGCGCCGUCGACUCUGGUGGUUGAUAGUUGGUCUUGCAGAGAUGAGCAGUGAACAUCCCAUUGGUAAAGCGAUUGUCAAUGCUGCCAAAACUGAAUCCGGUCAACCUGGUGAAGGCGGCUUACCCGGCAGCCUGGGCGACUUUGAUGCCUGUGUGGGCAAAGGUAUCUCAGCUCUGGUAGAGCCUACGUCCAGUGCCGAGCGCAUCCGAUACCCUGUCUUGAUUGGAAACGCGGCCUUCCUCCGGUCUAGGGAUAUUCCACUGCCCGAAUCGGUCGACGCUGAAGAUUCCGAGACCGUCAAGGACAAAUCCAACGUGCCUGCCGGUAUCACUCAUAUUCAUGUGGCCAUCGAGGGCCAAUUCGCCGGCACCAUUCUGCUCCGAGACACUUUGAAGGUGACCGCAGUCGCUGCCGUUGCAGCAUUGCAUCGCAUGGGCAUUGCCACCUCCCUGAUCACAGGAGAUACUUACCCUACGGCCGUUUCUAUCGCCACGGCUGUCGGGAUCCCCAUCGAGGCCGUUCACGCCUCUGUCUCUCCAUCCGACAAGCAAGCCAUUGUCGCCUCCCUGCAGGAUUCCGGUCUGCGCGUCGCCAUGGUCGGCGAUGGUAUUAACGACUCUCCCGCCCUGGCCACGGCCUCCAUCGGUAUAGCCCUCGCAUCCGGCACAGACGUUGCCAUGGAAGCCGCCGACAUCGUGCUCAUGCAGCCUGACGACCUCCUCUCAGUGCCUGCCAGUUUGGCGCUCUCCCGGUCUGUAUUCAACCGCAUCCGCCUCAAUCUCAUCUGGGCUUGUCUCUACAACGUCAUCGGCAUCCCCUUUGCCAUGGGUCUCUUCCUUCCUUUCGGUGGCUUCAUGCUGCCCCCUAUGGCUGCCGGAGCCGCUAUGGCGGCCUCCAGCAUCUCCGUUGUCGUGAGCAGCCUUCUUUUGAAGUUCUGGCAGCGUCCCCGAUGGAUGGACGUCGAACGACUCGAAAAUGAGGUUGAGUCGGGCAACACCAGCUUCCGCGGCUCCAAGAAGACCUGGUGGGAUGCCAAUCUCUCCGUUACCGGCUUCGGUGCCCGCUCCGGUCCCGUCCGCUUUAUCCAAGGCGCAGGCCGCAAAGCCUGGUCCUUGGUUACUGGCAGAGGAUCUCGGAAAUCAGACACUGAUGAGGGAUAUGUUCCGUUGCAAACGGUCGAGCCUGUGGCUUGAGCCAUGCGCGUGGAAAAUCCUACCAUCCUUCUUACCUCUUUUUUAAAUCUUUUCCCGGGGCUUGAUAUACCGCAAUCUAUAUACUGGCAUGAUGGGAUACUAUAUUGCACAAAUUUACGAUUUUCCUAAUGAUUGGCUUUUGUUUCGGGUGUUACGUGUUUUGGUUCUACUGAAACUGUUUUUGUGAUAAACAUAGGAUUGAUACCUCUUGUCGAUUUGUCUACCUAGCUAGCUAGCGUUUCGGGAAAUCAAUAAGAUUUGCUCGAGUUGAACUCGCUUAUCAUUGGCCU